CCUCCGUCUCCAUCCUCCUCCUCCUUCUCCUCCUCCUGCAUCCACGCUGUGAUCUCCAUCUACUUUGCGCACAAACCGUCAGCUUGAAGGACUUUCUUUUUCUUUUCUUCCACCACCUCCUUCUUCCAUCCAAGCGGAUUGUUAAACGAAGAGAUUUUCUUUUUUUUUCUUUUUUUUUCUUUGAGCUGCGCCGCCGGGGCUGCUGAGGAUCGAAGAAAAAACCCACGACAGGUGAAAGAAAGGAGCGUUUACGACGCUGCGGUACAGAUGAUUGAACACUUUGAGCAUUAACUCAGCGCAAAUCUUCCGGCAGCGGCGACAUAUAAGACGACCAGAGAGGCUGGCACACUUUGGAAACAACUAAACUUGAACGAAUAUCGCGAAAAAACACUGCGCUAUUUCCACCUCUAACUGGGUUUUCCAAGGAAGAUGUGACCUUUUUUUUCUUCUUUUGCGUACAGGCAAAGGAGCACUGCUUUUCCACCAGUUUGCUCGAUCCUGACAUGCCUUUUUGUGGGAUUACACGCGGAGAUAUGAGCACAGGAUUGUGAAAUAAUCUCAUCUUUUCCCUUUUUUUCAUUAUUAUUGUGAUUAUUUCUCUCCAUAAAGAGGAAGUGCUCUGUUUUUCUUCUUCAAUGGCUCCGGUGUCAAGGUUGGCAAGGCGCAAAGAUGCCAGUCGCUGGCCGAGGAUGUCGUCAACUUUCUGGGCUGUGGUGCUUCUGACAGCGCUGCUGCUUCUCUAUUGCGGCCAGCUGGCAGCGGGGACAUGUGAGAUUGUGACGCUGGACAGGGACAGCAGCCAACCACGGCGGACCAUCGCCAGGCAGACGGCCCGCUGUGCCUGCAAGAAGGGCCAGAUCGCUGGAACUACAAGAGCCAGACCCGCCUGUGUGGACGCUGGCAUUGUUCGGAAAAAGCAGUGGUGUGAGAUGGUGCCAUGUUUGGAGGACGAAGGCUGUGACCUGUUAGUCAAUAAAUCUGGCUGGACUUGUACACAGCCCGGAGGCCGAGUCAAAACCACCACGGCUCUAUGACGCGACAAGAGUCCCCCUCGACACUCUUGCACUAUGGAGAGCAUUGAUGACCCCUUGACAGACAGCCAAAAUCCACCUACCAACACCACCACCACCACCACCACCAUCACAACAGCUCCACCUUUACCCUGGUCCCGCAAAGGCAGGAAGCAACACAAGGGCCUUAUGGAGGCAACAAGGUCUCAUAACACAGCCAGCGACGGGAAAACCAGGGAGUGACUGUUUGAGGGAGUGUUGCUCUCCCCUGUACACUGGAUAAACUGGCUAUAAAACACUUCCUAUUUCCUGUGACCGGCUCCCUCCUGCUAUCUGUCGUUGGGUCAACAUGUUGCGUCCACCUCCUCUCCACUGUAUCUGCCUGCUCUGUGAAAUUAGCAGCACCUGCUCGCGCCACGGAGGAAUCGGACACCUUAAAAUCCCACGAGUGGUUCUUUUUUGCCUCAUUGGAAGUCCACUGUUUGGAGCUGCUAACCGCAAUUAAAUAAGGGAUUCCCCACGUCUCUUCUCCUAGACUCUAGUGCAGGAGUUGCAGAGGAUAGACGGGAUCAUUUACAGACCAAACCCUGUUGCUUCUCGGACCAUCUCGCGAGGCCGUCAAAAAAAAAAACUGAGCGCUCUCUGCUGUGAAUAGGCCUUCUGCUGGAGUAAACCUCCCAUAUUUUUAUAGACCAAAGAGCAAAAACAACAAAUAUGAUCAUUGCGAUGGAGAGGACCAUCCGGUAAAGACACAAAGACACUUUGUGGACAUGAUUCUUGUGUCGCCACCGACCGACGACUGCCCACAUGGAGACACAAACCGAACCUUUGGGACCCGGUGGCAUACAAUCAAAGGAGUACUUUUGAAAACCUUUCCAGACAGUUUUUUUUCUCAGACUAAGCCCACCACUGUAUUUUGGACCUGGAAGAUAUAGGUACUACAUACGUAUAACUGUGUAUCAAAAAAAUCUGAUUUGCAUUUUUCAGUAGCUACGGUUGGGACAUCUUGCAGGAAGGAUUGUCGGGUUGGAAAAAGGAAUCAUAUCAAAGAGAUGAUAAAUAUCUACAGAGAGUAUAAGUGCUGUUGAGUCUGAUGAGAAAGAGUAAAGAAAUGUCAUUAAAUGUAUUUUGAAAGGCCCUAAAAAGUUAUAUAUUUAACAGUUUUAUAUGUUGUACCUUUGUAGAGAUGCUUAUUGGACUUAAAAUGUGGUCACAAUGGCAGUUUAGUAGGAUGUGAACAAAUGCUGUUGUUCUCAUGACUGCUGGCUCGUAGUCCCAGGUUUUUCUGUUCACACCUCAGUAGCCGCUUUCUUUUCAUGGUCAUCUACAAGUCACUGUCUAUCAGAACCAUUCAUGGGAAAAAAAAAAGGAAAGUGACACAAUUUAUCGAGGACUGAUCUGCAGCCAACUGAACAUUGUAAAUCUAUGGUAGUCAGUGGAAGCCAUUGAAAUCUGCUAAUUUGCUAUGAUAUUGUAUUGUACACGGUGUGGAAUACUGACUCAUUUCCUCUCUA